AUGGCGGCACCACCACCUGGAUACAAUGGGCAGGAUGCCUACCAGGCCCCAGAUCCUUAUGGGCAGCAGAGUCCAGCGCAGCCAGGUUUCGGCACGACGUCUCCUCCCCCUCAAGCCGGACAACCUGAACAUGAAGGGGGAAAGAAGAAGAAACGAGGGUAUGCUGCACAAGCUUACGACUUUGGGGCUGGUGCGAACUCAGCGCUGGGAGGGCAGAUGCAGGGAGGUGGGCAAUUUCAACCACCUCAAGCUCCUGCCUAUGGCGGAUAUGCAGCGCAGCCAGAACCACAGCAGCCAGCAUAUGGUGGUGCACCACAAUAUGGAGCUCAAGUUGGAGCAGCGCCUGUCCCUGGAGCACCUGCCCCAGGUUUUGCUGGCGCCCCAUAUGGCGGCGGUGUAGGCUAUCAACCUCCUGAUGCUGGAUAUCCAGGUCCUGGAGCACCAUCUCCUGGUGGAGUAGCUGGCAUUACGCAAGGCAUGGGUCAAAUGGGUGUUGGAGCGCAACCACAAGCCCAACCUCAGCAAGCAGCUGCUCGUCCAGGGCCAUUGAACCAAUUAUACCCCACCGAUUUACUCAACCAGCCUUUCAACGUUGCAGAAUUGGACCUACCGCCCCCUCCGAUCAUACUACCACCUGAUUCGAGUGUCACCCCUUCGCCGGACGCAAACUGUCCCCCUAAAUAUGUCCGAUCAACCCUGAACGCUGUUCCUACUACGCAUUCACUCCUCAAGAAGUCGAAACUUCCUUUUGCACUCGUCAUCCAACCGUACACUUCUCUUCAUGAUGUCGAUGAUCCAGUACCUAUUGUCCAAGACCAGGUCAUCUCUCGUUGCAGAAGAUGUCGGUCAUACAUUAAUCCUUAUGUUACAUUUCUUGAUCAUGGACAUAGAUGGAGGUGUAAUAUGUGCAAUUUAACGAAUGAUGUUCCUCAGGCGUUUGACUGGGAUACUGCGGCACAAAAGAGUGUUGACCGCUGGCAACGACCUGAGCUAAACCAUGCAGUAGUUGAGUUUGUCGCGCCUCAGGAGUACAUGGUUCGACCUCCUCAACCUCUGGUAUAUCUCUUUCUCUUCGAUGUCAGCUAUGCGUCCGUAUCAUGUGGCCUUCUUGCUACUAGUGCUCGAACUAUUCUAGACAGUCUAAACCGGAUACCAAAUGCUGAUAGACGGACUCGGGUCGGAUUCAUGGCUGUGGACUCGAGCCUGCACUAUUUUGCUGUUCCUAAGGAUACUGAUGAGAAUGAUGAAACUAGUAUGCUCGUUGUUAGCGAUUUGGAUGAGCCGUUCUUGCCAAUUCCCCAGGAACUUCUUGUUCCGUUGUCAGAAAGUCGAGUCAGCGUCGAAAAAUUCUUGACCGCCCUCCCAUCGAUGUUCCAGAGUAACCAGAAUAAUGGGUCUUGUAUGGGCUCUGCUUUACGGGCUGGCCACAAGCUCAUUUCACCUCUUGGUGGCAAGAUUGUUGUCAUAACUGCUUCCUUGCCCAACGUUGGAUAUGGAAAACUGGAAAUGCGUGAAGACAAGAAGUUAUUGGGAACUUCGAAAGAAAGCAGUUUGCUCCAGACUGGAAAUAGCUUCUAUAAGAGCUUUGCGGUUGAGUGCUCGAAGAACCAAGUUUCUAUCGACAUGUUCCUCUUUUCAUCCCAAUACCAAGACGUGGCAUCUCUCAGCAACCUUCCACGAUACACUGGAGGUCAAACCUAUUUCUACCCCGGAUGGAAUGCAGGCAGAAGCGAAGAUGCUAUCAAGUUUGCCACAGAGUUCAGUGAUUACCUUUCCUCUGAAAUUGGACUUGAGGCUGUCUUGCGUGUUCGUGCUACAACCGGCCUCCGCAUGAGCACGUUCUACGGCAAUUUUUUCAACCGAAGCUCCGAUCUUUGUGCUUUCCCAGCUUUCCCCAGAGACCAAAGUUACGUGGUCGAAGUAGCUAUUGACGAGAGUUUGACAAAGAACUUUGUUUGCAUGCAAACUGCCGUUCUUCAUACGACUAGCAACGGAGAGAGACGCAUUCGAGUAAUGACCCUGUCUCUACCCACAACCACCCAGCUUGCGGAUGUCUAUGCUUCAGCUGAUCAGUGCGCGAUUACAACCUUCUUUAGCCACAAGGCAGUUGAAAGAGCGUUAAGUAGCGGACUUGAGCCCGCCCGAGACGCAAUUCAAUCCAAGCUCAUUGAACUUCUCCAGACAUUCAAGAAGGAGCUUGCUGGUGGAAAUAUGGGAGGUGGUGGCCUGCAAUUCCCGGCAAAUCUGCGUGGCCUGCCUGUUUUGUUCCUUGGACUCAUUAAGAACGUUGGUCUUCGAAAAUCUGCUCAGAUCCCAUCAGAUCUUCGAUCGGCGGCCCUUUGCCAGCUGUCAACUCUCCCCCUCCCUCUUUUGAUGCAAUACAUUUACCCACGACUCUACUCAUUACACGACAUGCCAGACAACGCAGGUGUUCCUGAUCCAGAGACGAGCCAAAUCGUUCUCCCACCUCCACAUAACCUCUCGUCGGAGCGUAUUGUUCCUUACGGUCUCUACCUUAUUGAUGAUGGCCAGACUCAGUUCUUAACUAAGCUGAAGGUCGGCAAGAGCUCGUUACCAGAGCUUGACAACGAUUUUAGCGAACGCGUUCGGGCAGUGGUACAGAAAAUUCGGGACUACCGAUCUCGCGGUGUCGGGAGCAUCAUUGUUCCUCAUCUUUAUGUCAUUCGGGAAGAUGGAGAUCCAAGCUUGAAGUUGUGGGCGCAAACAUUGUUGGUAGAGGAUCGCGCGGACCAAGGCAUGAGUUUCCAGCAGUGGAUGGGAACACUGAGAGAAAAGGUGAGCUAA